CCCACUGGCCCCAGGUUGGGUUUCUUUUCCUGACACCACCCCACAACUCCCUGGCUCCCCCUAUAGGCAGGGCUCUGGGGAUGGGCAGCUAAGCUGGUGCAGCAGGUGUCAUGAGCCUUCCCAGCCACCAUAGUCCUGGUGCCCUGAGCGGAAGACUUGAGUGAUGGCUUCCAACCCCAGCGAUGUGAAAGAGUUCUUAGCCAAAGCCAAAGAAGAUUUUCUUAAAAAAUGGGAAAAUCCUGCUCAGAAUACAGCCCAUUUGGAUCAGUUUGAACGAAUCAAGACCCUCGGCACGGGCUCCUUCGGGCGGGUGAUGCUGGUGAAGCACAAGGAGACCGGGAACCACUUUGCCAUGAAGAUCCUCGACAAGCAGAAGGUGGUAAAGCUGAAGCAGAUUGAGCACACCCUGAAUGAAAAGCGCAUCCUGCAAGCGGUCAACUUUCCGUUCCUUGUCAAACUCGAGUUCUCAUUCAAGGACAACUCAAAUUUAUACAUGAUCAUGGAGUACGUGCCUGGUGGGGAGAUGUUCUCACACCUGCGGCGGAUCGGGAGGUUCAGUGAGCCCCAUGCCCGCUUCUACGCAGCCCAGAUUGUCCUGACCUUUGAGUACCUGCACUCGCUCGAUCUCAUCUACCGGGACCUGAAGCCGGAGAACCUCCUUAUCGACCAGCAGGGCUACAUUCAGGUGACAGACUUCGGUUUCGCCAAGCGUGUGAAAGGCCGCACCUGGACCUUGUGCGGCACCCCCGAGUACCUGGCCCCCGAGAUCAUCCUGAGUAAAGGCUACAACAAAGCUGUGGACUGGUGGGCCCUGGGGGUUCUCAUCUAUGAGAUGGCCGCUGGCUACCCGCCCUUCUUCGCUGACCAGCCCAUCCAGAUCUAUGAGAAGAUUGUGUCUGGGAAGGUGCGGUUCCCGUCCCACUUCAGCUCCGACCUGAAGGAUCUGCUGCGGAACCUCCUGCAGGUGGACCUCACCAAACGUUUUGGGAACCUCAAGAAUGGGGUCAAUGACAUCAAGAACCACAAGUGGUUUGCCACGACCGACUGGAUCGCCAUCUACCAAAGGAAGGUGGAAGCUCCCUUCAUACCAAAGUUUAAAGGCCCUGGGGACACGAGUAACUUUGACGACUAUGAGGAGGAAGAGAUCCGAGUCUCCAUCAAUGAGAAGUGUGGCAAGGAGUUUUCUGAGUUUUAGGGGUGUGCCUGUGCCCCCAUGGGUUUUCUUUCUUUGUUUCUUUUUUUUUUUUUUU